AUGGCACGAACGAAGAAACCGUCCAAAACACCACCUGAGGGCUAUGAAAAGAUUAAGUCAACCAUUGAUAAACUAUUACUCAAACUAAGGCAAGCUCAGAAAGAAUCCUUACAAUCCAAAGCUGCUAAAGAAGCACUUUGGCCCAUCAUUCGUAUUAAUCACGAAAUAUCCAGAUACGUCUACGAACUUUAUUAUAAACGAGAGUUGAUUCUGAAAGACUUAUAUGAUUGGCUUAUUCUUCAAAAGUACGUUAACCAAGAUUUAAUUGCCAAAUGGAGGAAACAAGGUUAUGAAAAUCUAUGCUGUGUUCAAUGCAUUCAAAAGGGUCAAUAUACUCACGGGAACACUUGUAUAUGUCGAGUACCAAUUUCUAAACGGGCUGAAGAUAAAAAGGAAAUAGAAUGCAUGACAUGUGGUUGUUCAGGAUGUGCCAGUAAUGAUUAA